CUUUAUAUGGAAUUAGAGGAAAAUGAAAACAUCAGCAAAAGUUAAAUUGUAUGUAAGAAUAUUCUACAACAAUUAACGAAGUAAACAAAAAUGAAAGAUCUUUGAAUUGUAUUAUUAUUUACUUACCUACACCUGUUACUCCCAAUGAAGCAUAGGCCGCCGAACAACAUUCUCCAACCCACUCUGUCCUGGGCCUUCCUCUCCAGUUCUAUCCAAUUGUUGUUCAUUCUUCUCAUGUCUAUCUCCAUUUCUCGGCGUAAUCUGUUCUUUGGUCUUCCUCUCCUCCUUCGGCCUUGAGGAUUUCAUAUGAGGGAUUGUCUCGUGACGCAGUUGGGUACUUUCCUCAAUGUAUGGCCUAUCUACUUCCAGCGCUUCUUCCUGAUUUCCUCCUCCACUGGAAUCUGGUUUGUUCUCUCCAACAGUAGAUUGUUGCUGAUAAGGAGUAUUAUUAUACGAUAUAAAAUUAAAAAAAGACAUUUCAUCCUUAAGUUAAUUUGUAGUCGAAUUCUGUGUUUUGCAAUUUAUCUAAAUCGGAUAAAUUUUGUUACCAACGGAAACUUAUUAUUGGAUACUAAAAGUUUAUUUGUCACCUUGUGCUUUUUCUUUAUCUUCAGCAGAAAUAUUUAAAAAAACAUUUCGACUGGUAAUUGUA